GACUCUCACCGCAACUCCUGAAGUCCUCUGAACAUAUUGCCUGAUCCCUCUGCUUGUUCCUUACCUCAGCACAAACCCGCCGUACUCGUGAAAGCUACCGCCCCCUGCCGCCCCUCAGUCCAGCCGCUCGAAGGUUGGCCACCGCCUGCGAACUCCCGCCUCGUAGCAGAAAAGGAGCAACCAUGAAGAUAUUCUACAUCGGAAUUAUUCGCAACGAAACCAGGCCGGCCGUGGAGCUGUGCCGUGAGAUGGAUCUCAGCAGUUUCUCUCGAUUCACAAGAGACAGCUACGGCGAAUUCAUGACCCUUUUCUCCAAAACAGUCGCCGAACGAACCCGCCCCGGCCAACGACAAGACGUCGAGGAGAAAUCAUACACCUUCCAUGCCUACGGCCGGACCGAAGGUAUAGCAGGUAUUAUAAUCUCCGACGCAGAUUACCCCGGCCUUGUUGCACAUCAGCUUCUUUCCAAAGUCGUGGACGAGUUCCUUGCCAAAUACCCCCGCACUGCAUUCGCCGUCCCUGACGUCGGGAAUCUUCCCUUCCCCCAGUUGAAGGAAUACAUCACCAAGUACCAGGACCCUAGCCAGGCUGAUAGUAUCAUGAAGAUUCAGAAGGAGCUGGAUGAGACAAAGAUUGUGCUACACAAGACAAUUGAAAGUGUGUUGGAGAGAGGUGAGAAGAUUGACAGUUUGGUCGCAAAGAGCGACGGCUUAAGUGCACAGAGCAAGAUGUUCUACGGCCAGGCGAAAAAGCAAAACACAUGCUGUGUGGUUAUGUGAGAGUACCGGAGUUGCUGGUUUGAAUCUCUCUAGAGGCGUCCGUCUUCUCUUGAUCAUCUUUUGCGCUUUAUGACACAGUUUGGUUGAGCAUGAUGUUAUGCAUUUUAAAGCCUGAACACAGGAUAUAAUCUAUGAAUA